AUGGCGUGUGCCAUAUUCCUCCUCAUCGUCUCUGGCCUGCUGCUUAUAUCUCCCUCCUAUGCCCGGAGAAAGCCGCCUCCUCAGGAGAACCCCAUUGACAAGAUCCGUGCUCAGGCAGACUUCAACCCCACCCAGUUUGCUGGGAAAUGGUAUCUUGUUGGGGUAGCCUCCAGGUGUGGGCACCUGAGAGACAACAGCCACAGGCUUGAACCGGUGAACAUAAUGGCAUCCGUCAUCAGCAGCACCCAUCAGACAUCCAUGUUGAUUAGCACCUUCCGUCCACUGGAUGGUAUCUGUUGGAAUAUCAAGCAGGUCUACUUCCCUGCCAAGACGCCAGGCAGAUUCCUCUUGAAAGGUCGUGACAGGCCGAUCGACAUCGUAAUUGGGGAUACCGAUUACACGAGCUACGCCAUCGUCUUCUAUCAGAAGUCCCGGCAGAUCUCUGUGAAGCUUUAUGCACGAACCAUCCAGAUCAGUGAUUCCAUCACGGCUAAGUUUGAGCAGCUUUUGGCUGGGGUGGGGCUGAACGACGACUUCACAUAUUACUUCCCCACUUAUGGGUUUUGUGACUCAGCGGACCAGUUUCACAUCCUAGAUGAGACCAAACAUACGGGCACAUGAUGAAUUCUGUGGACCAGGGCAGCUGACUGCAGAGGGCUGAGCUGGAGGGAGCCAGCCCGUG